CUCUCUAAGAAUCUUUAAAAAUAAAAAAAAUAAAAUUCUUCAACCUUCUUCUUGAUAAUCUAGCUUUUAGGGUUUUGCAGGCUCCCAAUACAUACAAUCACCCAUGCCAACAUUACAAAUCUGUUUCUGAAAAAACAAUCUGAGCAUCAGAAUGGCAUCGUCGGCAUUCAUGGUGAUCUGCCUGCUCCACUCGGCGAUCGCAGCCACGUGUGGGGCUCUGAUGAUGUUCUACAUGAAGGAAAUCUACACCAUCGGCCACGGGGUCGAGGCCGCCACCAAGCUCCUGGGCUCCACGCCGCACGACCAGCUCUUGAUUCGGACCUCCGACUCCUUCUCGGGUCUCCUAUUGUUCGCAAUCGGGUUCUUGCUCUUCAUGGUUUCCUUCGUCAAGGACAGGGAGUUUCAGGCUUUCUUCGCCAAGGGGUGCACGGUGCUGCAUGUUUUCUCGGCCAUGUGGCGGAUUUACUUCGAGAGAAGGGUCGAGGAUCUCGCCUGGGAUUGGCUCAGGCAGACAGUUGGCGAUAUCUUAUUGGCUGCUUCUUGGGUCUUUUUUCUCGUUUACUCUUGGCGUGAGAAGUACGAUUAGCCCCCUCAUUCUUCUCAUUACAUUGUUUACCACAAUGGUAUAUCAUAUCAUUUCCUGUAUAAUUAAUUAUAUUUUGUCGAAUUUUUUAAUUACAUGUAUGUGGGUUUUCUUUUUGUUUUUUGUUUUUUGUUUUUUUUUUUAUAAUUUGAUAGUUAGAAAAGCGUGACGUUUCUGCCAAGAGGGGGUUAGUUGAGCUACAAGACUGUUGGCAAUUUUAUAUUUGUUGUUGUGGAUAUAGAAACAAGUACUCAAUCUUUGUAAAAUCUUUGCGUUUUUUUGAGUUUAUAAUGAGAGACUUGUUGUUUUCUGCUCC